AUGAGGAUUCCGCCACCAGAAGUUCUUCUCAGUUGGCCAACACCACGUUACGAUAACCCCGAAACGAGAGGCCCAACCAACGAGAUCAUUUCCCUCAUACUCGUGGCCAUUGCUACAAUCAUCAUUGCCAUCCGGAUAUACACGCGACGAUGCAUAACUAACGGGUUCGGCUGGGACGAUAUCCUUAUCGUCUUAGCCUUUAUACCCGCCGUGGGGUUCGUGACAGUUGGAAUGAUAUCCAUGGACCGCUACGGCUGGGGACAACACAUAUGGGAUGUGCCCAUUGACAGGUUCACCGGGUCUCUUCAGAUGGGACUGGCAAGUCAGAUACUGUUCGCCCUAGCGACAAGCCUCACAAAGCUGUCGAUGCUCGCUCUGAUAUACCGGAUCGCGCAUGAGGCUUCGCGGAAUUUCUGUCUUUUAAUUAUUGGGUUGGAGAUUUUAAUUUCUAUCAAUUGUGCUGUCUUCACAAUGGUUGCGAUGCUUCAGUGCCAUCCCCUAGAUCUCUACUGGACUCUCUCGAUAGGGCCCCAAAACUGCAUUAAUGAAGCGGCCCAUCUCCUGGCCGCAAGCAUCAUCAACACCGCCACUGACUUUUUCGUUGUCUUGCUGCCUCUAGCUUUAGUUCGCAUUGUGUACAAGAACAAGCUUUCUUCAAGACAACUGCUCAUCGUCAACCUACUCUUCGGUGCUGGCUUUUUAGCAUCAUUUGCUGGAGCGGCUCGGACGUACUUCACAUGGAUCAUGACUACGGAGCCAGAUAUGACUUGGAAUGCGUGGAUGAAUUGGCUCAUGUCGUCCGUUGAGUUAUUCCUUGGGAUCAUAUGCACCAGCAUACCCUCAACCAAGCCGUUCUUCAACCGAUACCUACCUAGGCUGCUGACCUCAAAGUCACACAAGUCACAACGCUCAAGCGUACCUGUUCUCACCGACAAAGCAACCAAAGGAUUGCAGAUGGGCAGCAAGCUCUCUCUCGAAUCAGAUCCGGAGGAUGCCGAGACGAUCCCUAUGGAACCGCCAACUACAGCAACCGCAAUGUCGAACCGCUUCAGCGAAGGCACGUUGAACAAGCCCUUGCCGGCCGUUGUGAAGAAGUACUCGGUAUAUACCAUCAAAAUCCAAUUAGACGAGGCCAGUCUGGGUCCUGCGGAUAGACGACGAGGCCGCAUAUUGAACCAACCACCACCAGGAGUGGUCGGAAACCAAGCGGUACACAACUUUAGCCGUCCAACACUUCAGCAUAAUCGAAGGAAUUCGGAACCUCAUAGUCAACACCGUACCAGCACAUAUAGCACAGAGGAUGCCCAAUACUCUAGCCGUGUUGCGAGCUUGGCGGGCGAAAGCAGUCGUUACAGCCAUAUUUUGGACGACAUCGACAGCGACUACCGUCAAAGCAUCGACGACCUUGAAGCAGGCAUCCACUACAGCUCAUACUAUCACCCGAGCUACAUUUCGGCUACGAGGAACCUCACCGGCAGUACAAAAGGUCAUACCAGGAACCCGUCCGUCGGCACGUUUGGAGGUUAA